AUGUCCACACCAAACAACACGCCCCCAUACACACCCAUGCCCUCCCUCGGCCACGAGCUAGGCGUCAUGUUCGGUUUUAUCGUCGCUUGUUUGCUAAUCAUGGCAGUAUACAUCUAUUUCUGGCGGGCUGCGGACCGCCGCGACAAGCAGCGUGAUAAGGAUCGGCAGAGGGAGCUUGCUCAGCGGGCGUUUCGGUAUGAGCGUUUCCGGGUGGGAGGUCCGCGGGACAAGAUGCAUAGGGAGAUUGGGGCGCCGGGAGGAGCUGGAGGUACGGAGAUGAGAUGA